AUGAGACUGAAUGUUCAGCUGCGAUCGGCGAUUGUUAUUGUCGUUCUGUGCGGUUUGAGAGAAAGCGCAGGAAGUUGUAACAUCGUAGGUUUCGUGGAAAACCUUGUGGCAGGAUAUCGGGUUCUUCCACAGGAAUGCACCGGUAUAUUGGCAGCGUACCAUAAUGUUUCCCAAGAGAUAUCAGCCGGUGGUGACGUCAACCCUGCCAAGCUAGUCUCAAAGAUUUUUGAUGCGUUAUGUCCGAAACUGGACGAUCUGCUUCCUUGUUACAAUGCAGUUGUUAAGGCUGUGGGUUGCUCGAGCACCGAUCUGCUACUAGAGGGCGUGCCAAAUGUUCCGCCUGUUUUCCAAGAUGCAACUUUCGCUGAUGCCGAGUUUUAUCUAAACGCGAUGAUUGCCGUCUAUAAGAUUCAGUGCGACAAAGAGAAUAACCCAUUAUGGAGUGAUGAGAACGCUCUGGCGAAGCUCAACGUCUGUGCAGAAAAGAUAGUAGCGAGUGGAAUAGAUCCAGGACUCUAUAUUACAGAACUGUACUCUAUAGAUUUCACUACCGGUGGAAAACCACUCAGUGACGAAGACUGUAGAAAAUUUGAUAGUCUCAUGGUUACCGUGACAAAUCUAUAUGGAGAACCAAAGGAAUGUGAAGACUUCUACCCUUUCGUCAAGGAAAGCACUUCGACGCUUACCGACUAUGUUUGCGGAAGAGAGAAUGGCGCGAAUCGAGCUUCAUCGUACUGGGCUGCUGUUGCGGUGAUGUCAGCCGCUGCCAUUGUGAACUACAAUCCCAUUGUGUGUUAAACUGCAUGGGUAUCAUGUUUCGAUAUUAUGCUGCGCGCUAUUCAUGUUUCGCUAUAUCCUUGACUUACGCGUGUGUGACAAUGAUCUGCGCCCGCUGUCAGAAACAUUACGAGGUCAUGAAUUAUUAGGAUAUCAAUAUGUUAUUAUUAUGAUAUUAUUGUGAUAUUAUGAAGAAUUAUUAUGAUAUUAAGAAUCAGUUCUUCAGCUUCUAAUGAAAACAGUCACAGAUAGAUGGCAGCAUCAACAUAGACCUGCUGAGACUUUGCCCCGUGUUCCGCUUUGCCCCGGGUUACCCUACAUAGCCAAAUGUGGCAAAUACACAGAAAUGUACGGAGACCCAAACUACAAUAAUAUUCCAGAUUUAGGUGCUGUAGAGAGGUGGGAGGGAGCGAGUGAGUAAGGUGAAGGGGUGCGCCAUUGCAUCAUGCGCAGGGACUUGGUGCAAGUCUGGCCGCAGGCAAGCAGGCCAGUUUAGAUCUAGCCGGAUGCCCCGCCUGUGUUUACGAUCGCGAUAAGCCGGAACAAUACAGGUCUAUGCACGGUCGCUGUAUAUUUAUCCGGAUCUACUCGAUCUCGUCUCGUCGGAAAGUCAUGUCACUUGUCUGCCAUCUAUCUGUGACUGUUUUCAUUAGAAGCUGAAGAACUGAUUCUUAAUAUUAUAAUAAUUCUUCAUAUGAGAGAUCGAGAAAAUCCAUUAAAUAUUAAAACGAGAGAUCGAGAAGCUUUUCAACAGAAUGAUGUUUCUUUUUGCAUAAACUGGGCAUGUAUUCCAUGCUCUAACUCCAUGCGCCAUAUGGCAUGUUUUUUGUUUCAUAAUUCGAUGUUGUUAAUCGUUCGAUUUGUUUAAUGUUUUGUUCGAUGUAUAUAUGGGCUAAAAUCACAUAUGCAUGUUUAAACGUUACCUUUGAUAUUUUUCCUUUAUAAUUAAAUCAUUAUUUAAUCAUGCGAAUCAAAUGGCUUGAUUGACUGGAUCGAAAGCUUCAAUUCACGAAUUGAAUGCCUAAAUUCACGGAUCGAAUGCUUUGAUUCACGGAUCGAAUGCUUCGAUUCACAGAUCGAAUAAUUCGAUUCAGAGUCGCAUGGUUCGAUGCGGUGCGUGCAGGAGGAAUCUACAUAAUACAGGAUCGAAUGGUUUGAUUCGCAGAUCGAAUGAUUCGAUUCCAAAAUCGAACGAUUCGAUUCCAAAAUCGAACGACUUGAUUCCAAAAUCGAACGAUUCUAUUCCAUAAUUGAAUGGUUUGAUUCCAAACCCGAAUGGUUUGAUGCUAGGAUCGAAUAGUUUGAUUCUCUUUUCUGAUAUAAAAUCAAAUAAUGUGAACAUUUAAAACAGUAAAUGCCUAAUGCAAUCGAAUUAACAGGCAUGGUAUGAAAUGAUGCAAUUGUACUUUUGGCAGGAAAUUAUUGUCGAUUUAUUGCAUAUAACAUAUGACUAAAUAAUCAAAUAUCAUAGGCAAUAAAUCAAAUGUUAUAUGCAAUAAAUCAAAUGUUAUAUGGGAUAAAUCAAAUGUUAUAUGUCCUUACAACAAACACAUUUUUGAAAUUAAUUGGUAUAAAUGAUAAUGAUAGAUGUACUUUUUGUAACCAAGAAAGUGAAACAAUACUC